CGAGUUCACCAUUCAGAAUCCCGGGUCUCAGAACGGGUCCAUGGGAAGGGGACGCUCCGUACUCUCCGCCCAGCUCAGCCCGGGGCUUUGAGCUCAGCAGGCGCCUAAUAAAUGUCUGUUUCAGGGAAGAACUUGGCGGCGUCAUGCGUUGCGGUGUAGUGAAAAGAGUGCUGGAUUUAGAGUCCAGAGAUCUAGGUUCAAAUCCCAGUUCUCCUACCUAAGUGACCUCACUUUCCCGGGCAUCAGUUUCUCCCCGGUGAAACGUAAGCGUCUGAGGCAAAGUGAUCUCUUAACGUCCCUUCCAGCUUUAAAUCCAGUGAUUAGUUGAAGGCAGCUUGUACCACAGGCGCACCUACUUUUUGCAGGUCCAUGAAAUCCAGUCUCACAUGGGACGCCUGGAGACGUCAGACAAGGAGUCUGUGCACCUAGUAGAAAAUGAAAUCCAAGCAAGGAUAGACCAGAUAUUCAGCAGCCUGGAACGCCUGGAGAUUUUGUCCAGCAAAGAGCCCCCUAAUAAGCGCCAGAACGCCAAACUCCGUGUUGACCAGUUAAAAUAUGAUGUACAACACUUGCAGACUGCAUUGAGGAACUUCCAACAUCGGCGAUAUGCAAGGGAGCAACAGGAGAGACAGCGAGAAGAGCUUCUGGCAAGAACCUUCACCACAAAUGACUCUGAUACCACCAUACCCAUGGAUGAAUCACUGCAGUUUAAUUCCUCCCUCCAGAAAGUUCACCACGGCAUGGAUGACCUCAUUGGAGGCGGGCACAGUAUUCUGGAGGGACUGAGGGCCCAGAGAAUGACCCUAAAGGGCACUCAGAAGAAGAUCCUGGAUAUUGCUAACACGCUGGGGUUAUCUAACACUGUCAUGCGACUUAUUGAGAAGCGGGCUUUCCAAGACAAGUACUUGAUGAUAGGUGGGAUGCUUCUCACCUGUGUGAUCAUGUUUCUGGUGGUGCAGUAUCUGACAUGAGCAAGCAGAGCCCAAUGACUGGAAAGUGUUUCCAUUGCACGCGUCAGUGUGUGUGUGCGUGUGUGUGUGAAUGACAGAGCGCCUGCCUGCCUUUUGAGAUAUACUGCCUAUCAUAACUGUGAAUGCCACUUCAGAAAAAUUUUCAUCUAUAACCCAGCAGGAGUUUCAAAACAACUCUAGUUUUCUUUAACCCCGUGGAGGGGAAAGCCAAGACCACUCAAGAAGCUUUGUUGGGAACCAAGUUAACUAACCUCUUUCACCCUGAUUUUGAAGAAGAAAAGAAAAAGUGAAAUGCUUUGAUGAUUUUACCCACACAGCGUGUGUUUUGUGUCUGAAGAAUCUAAAGAUAUUAACCUUAUUGACAAGAAGGCUCAAAUACUUGUGGCAAUUAGCCAUGUGGAACAGGAUUGGAGGUAGAGUGAGGGGUCAGUGAACAGAUUGGAACAGGUAUCUCUUCCAAAGUCCAUAAGGGAAAAAUUUGAUAUCUAUUCCAUACACCAGUUGCAGGAAGAUUAGUUCUCUGCUUUUUGCCUCUCACCCAACUGUUGCUUUCCUCCUCCAACUUUCAUCUACCCUCUACUCCCAAAAAAUAAGUGUACAGAUUGAACCCACCCUGCUACCAGGGCAGCCUAGUAUUUUCUAGCAUUCCUCUUGGAGUCAUUAACCAUAAACAUGGGAAGAAUGGGGGGGGAAAUGAAGAUACUGUUAACAAUGAGUUAAUUUUUACACAUUAGAGUUUUACAGUGUUUUCUUUUUUAAAAUGAAACUAAUAUUUGGGAUUAUUGGAUUUAAGACCGAAGAUUUUAGUAUUCUGAUUUAUAUAUAAAGAAUGGUUUGUUUUACUCGAUUUUGGGGGUUCACAAAGUAUACCACAUGAAAAACACUUUUCCAAAUUUCUCCCUUCCAUUCUCUCUUCCUUUGGAGCCACAGAAGUGGGAUUGGAAGGCAAAUUCUGAGCACAGAAUAACAAUUUACCUAUUUCGGAUUAUUUUUGAUUUUGUAACAGCACCAGUUUACCUACAGUCUUCUUCCCUAAGAUAUGUUAAUAGCAGCCAGUGGCUCUGAAUCUAACGGUAGGGUGGAUGUCAAAAGAUUUGUCUUGGGCCCGAUUUAAGGGGAUUUAUUGUUGGAAAUAAGAGUUUCACAGCAAAAAUUUCCUUAAAGAGGUAGAUAGCCUCUUCCAAGGCUGUAUAGCCUUAUAGCAAGGCUUUAACCUACUUUUUUAAUUCAUUGUCCUAUAACUGUAUAUCUUUGUCAGUCUUCUUUCUACUGUUACCUGUACUAUUUAAUUGCCUCUUCUCUAUUUUUUUCCUUUCGGUUCAGUUCCCUUCCUCAUAUUUUGUCCUCAGCUUGCUUCUGUAAAUAUAUCUUCAUCUCUUAAGUAUAUGUAUGGGACCACUCUUAUGAUGAAAACCAUUAGUUUUUAAAUGACACAAAUUUGUAACACUCUGCAAUGAGGGCUAUAUGCACAGUUGUUCAACUGGUGGACAGACUACCAACAGAUGGUGGUCUUUGGAGUUACCAGUGAUCUAUGCCAGGAAGUCUUCAGGUUCUAAAGGAGGGAAAUAGCUCUUCAGAUUGGGAACCUAGCUAAAGAGAUGGAAAUGCCCCUUGAGACAGUAGAUGUUGAGGAGCUCCUUAGACCUGAAGACUUUUGCCAUUUUGCAGAAGGGCCCUUUGAAAUGCAUAGAUUCUAGACUCCAGGCUUCCUAGAAGCCCCACCCUCUGAAUUUGCUGAGAUCAUCAGACUGCUUUGAUGAGAACUUUAGAUUAUGGUAUAGGUGUGUAAACCUUUUCUGGGCAUAGAACCUGGCAGUAUGAGAAAUCCCCAGGCCUCCACACUCUUUGUAAUUGCAGUGAUUUUCGUUUGCACCAUGAGGUUUACUAGACCUGACAGUGCAGAAGUGGGUGUGUGUGACUUGAGGAGCAGGAUGACCUCAAUAGCCAUUUCUGUUUGCCUGUGGUAAAGCAAUACUGAGGGAAGAAUGUUAUCAGGAGCUCACUGGAUGCAUCCCUCUCCACCCAUUAACUACCUCUGAAAAGUUAGCAGGAUGGUUUUCUUUUAUACCCAUCAGCAACAUUGUUCCUGAAAUACCAGUGGCCCUGUUCUUGUGAGCUUGUGCUCUUUGCUGGGGAUGGAGCACCCUCUAGUGGAACAGGAAAAAUUCUGUUUUGGGAGACCAGCAACUGAGGAAGGGUCUGUCUUAGUCUGUACAGGAAUUUUGUGACAUUAGUUCUUUCAAAUAAUUGGGCUCUCAGAAAUAUCAGCCUGAAAAUAUUUCCAAUCUAAAAAAAAAAAAAGUGGAGGGAGCAGUGGCUCAUAA